UAUUCUGGGUUAUAUGACUAUGUGAAAGGGCCCUUAGUUAGAACUGUCAACCAGAAACAAAAGAUUGGUUGUUCCUACUGUUUGAUGACCUGCCUGCUUAGCUUUUUCCUUCCAAUGGAAAGAGAUGACCAGUUAAAGUUAUGUUAACUAUUCCUUUGUAUGCUGUGUGAUAACAAUUAGAUCUUAUGAUUCCAGAUGGAGAACGCUAAUGGGACCACACUUCAGGAAUUUGUUUUGCUUGGAUUUGGAUUGGAUCCCUCGAAGCAAUAUAUAAUCCUCAUCUUUUUGACCAUUCUCUAUGUACUCACUUUGGUGGAAAAUGUCACCAUCAUAACGGUGGUGCUCCUAGAUGCUCAGUUGUCCCAACUUCCCAUGUACAUCCUGCUGAGUAAUUUCUCCUGGAUGGAGAUAUGCUAUGUGACCACUACUGUUCCCCGGAUGCUCUUUGACUUGACUUCUUCUCAUGGCAUCAUCUCCAUCCAGGCUUGCUUAAUCCAGUUCUAUGUGUUAUUUUCUCUCGGUACAGCAGAAUUCUUCUUCCUCUCAGCCAUGGCUUUGGAUCGCUACCUGGCCAUCUGCCACCCACUGCAUUACUCCCAAAUCAUGACUCCGAAUUCUUGUUAUGUUCUCGUGGCAGCUUGUUGGUUCCUUGGCUUUCUGGGAUACAUUGUCCCGGUGACUUUGAUCUCAACGUUGUCCUUCUGUGGACCCAACAUCAUUGACCAUUUUUUGUGUGAUCCUGGACCCAUCCUGUCCUUGGCUUGUCCUCCAGUUGGCAACAUUCCUCUUCUCUGCCAAAUAGUCAUAAACACUCUGUUUUUAGCCAAUGUCUUUUUCGUUGUUAUUUCAUAUGGCUUUGUAAUUUUCACUCUGAUGAAAUCUUCCAACCAAGGGAGCCGCAAGAAGGCCUUCUCCACCAUAUCUAUGCAUCUGUUGGUCGUGACGCUUUUCUAUGGCUCUGUUGGAGGGAUGUACUUAAUUCCAAGUGGAGAGAGCCAGUCUGAGUUCACUAAGGCAAUAACUCUUUUCUAUACAACCUUCACGCCUUUUGUCAACCCCUUGAUCUACUGUCUAAGGAAUGGUCAAGUGAAAGAGGCACUAAGGAGAAUUAUAAGACGGAUAUUUGUGAAAGCCAAAGUUUAAAAAGGCACAGAUCAGUGGGGUAGAAUUAAUAAAAUACAAUUCGGAGUCCCUCAUUGGAUGAAAUGUAUUUACUUUGUUUGGUAUGUUAUACGGGGCAAUCAAGUUUCAUUAAAAUCUAAGGUGGAUCAGGAAAAAGUUUUGUGGUUAAAAUUAAUUUCCCCAUUAAGAUGAGAAAACAAGCUACAAAUUAUUGAAGCAUUAUUUAGCAGAUAUGGGCCUCAAUUCAAUCAGUUCUUAGUGUAGUUCAAAGACCACAUGUGAAUGUGCUUCAUAGCUAGAGUUGUGCAACAACUAAACUACAAUGCACAA